CCCGAUCCCUGCAUCACCCCUGGACCCCUUCCCCAGCUGCUGGAGGCUGGGAAAGCCGGGAAGCGCGGGGCCUCUCCUUCCCAGCUGCCCAGCCAGGCGUGAAAUGGGCUGAAAAGAAAAGGGCUGGUGACGUUCCUGGGGCAGAGGCCGUUUGUCCCCCACUGCAGCCCCUGUGCGGUGCCGGUUCUUCCUCCCCAUCCCUCUUUGCUCCCGUUUCAGAGCACCCGGCCCCAUCCUGAGGGGUGCUGCUGGAGCCCCCCAGGACCGCGGUCCCACCACUGCUGUGGCUGGAUGCAGGAUGCGGAUGCUGGCCUUGCUGUGCAUCGCCAGCCUGUGGCUGGGGGCAGCUUGGGCUGUGCCAGCCAGGGAGGAGAGGAGGAAGGCAGAGAAGCCGAAUGAUGAUCUUGAGCUCUACGACCCGGACAACUAUGACCUGACAUUGGACAACUACGGCGACAUCAUCGACCUGAGCAACUAUGAGGAGCUCUACGACUACGGUGACUUUGCUCCAAAGGUCGAGGUUGGCACCCUGGCUCCUCGCCCCAAGAACCCCGUGGCUCUCCCAACCCUGGGUGCUGCAGCUGAGCCCAUGAAGCCGCAGCCUCCGAGCCCCCCAGCACCCAUCCCUACGCAGGGCCUGCCCAGCUGCCUUCUCUGCCUGUGCAUUGGCACCUCCGUCUACUGUGACGAUGCCGACCUGGAGCACAUCCCAUUGCUGCCACCAGAGACCACCUACCUCUAUGCCCGCUUCAACCGCAUCGGCGCAAUCCGGGCCAGCGACUUCACCGGGCUCAAGAAGCUGAAGCGAAUAGACCUGAGCAGCAACUUCAUCUCCUGGGCGGAUGUGGAUGCUUUCCAUCAGCUUUCCAGCCUGCAGGAGCUCCUCCUGCCCGAGAACCGCCUGACGGCGCUGCCCGAGCUGCCCCCCAGCAUCAUCCGCUUGGAUGCUCGGCUCAACAGGAUCCCCAGCGCCGGGCUCCGGCAUGAAGCCUUCAGGGACCUGAAGCAGUUGCAGUAUCUCCAUCUAUCCGACAACCAGCUGGACUAUAUCCCAGCGCCCCUGCCCCAGAGCCUGCGCUCCCUGCACCUCCAGAACAACAACAUCCAGACGAUGCACGAGGACACGUUCUGUGACAGCCAGGACCACAGCCAGAUCCGCAGGGCGCUGGAGGACAUCCGCCUCGACGGCAACCCCAUCAACCUCAGCCUCUUCCCCAAUGCCUAUUUCUGCCUGCCCCGCCUGCCCACCGGCCGCUUCUCCUGAGCCCCACG